UAUUGUUGGCUUAAUGAUGAAAUGGUUCAAGAAUUAAAGUUUCUUACACAGUUAGAAAUACUUAAGAAAAAAUUUUUAGAUCAUAUUUUUUAUAAACAGAAUGUUUAUAAUGUGAUUUACAAAAACUGUAAUAAUAGAAAUGAAUUGAAUUCUGAUUCUAGUUCAUUUCUUAGUACAAUUUUAGAAAAAAAAGAUCAAGAUGCAAAUUGGAAAGUAUUUGUCCAACAUACUAAUAAUGAAUAUCAUCUGUCAGAUAUUUUUUGGAUAUCGCCAUCCUAG